AUGGAUACACUGAAGAACCUACUAGUGCCUGGUUCAAAUGCAUUACAAGACACGUUGAGACUGGUGGUCAUCGGGGGCGCAGUGGAAACUGCACGACGCACGGGUAUACGGGAUGGAGCACUUUUGUCGAUUCAUUUUACUGAUGAGCUGGCAUGCAGUUUCCUCACCGCCACGUUUAUGCAAGAUGACUACCCAUAUGACUGGGUGAUGCACUGGCUUUCCAAACAACCCGCUUGGAGCCGUGCGCGCGAAUUUGAGAUCACGACCCGCAAUGCUGAUUCUUCGAGACUGGGCGUAAAAACCCCUACCGAUCAGGAAUUUGAGGAAGAUGAGGAAUUUGGUUUGGUAGACGAUGACGAGCAACUUGUUCACGGCCGAAGGAAGCGUAAGGUGGCGUUGACACCAUCAGCCGAUACUACCCACAAUAUCUACUACAGGGGCCAUUGGCUGCGCGUGAGGAGAAAAGGCAAUCGGAUUCGCCACAGUGCUGACCGUAGUCGCCGCAACAAUGCCAUCAUCAAGAAACUCGUCCUUCAAGCCAAGUACGAGUACGAACAGGACAUGGAACACCGAGUUCACAUCUUCCUCGCCGAUCAAGGAGGAGGAUGGCGCUGGAACGGAGCCCGACACAAACGACCAAUGUCGUCGAUCGUUCUUGAGCCUGGUGUGAAGGACAUGCUUCUCACCGACGCCAAGGACUUUUUACGAAGUGAAGAUUGGUACGCUGAGCGGGGUAUUCCUUUCCGUCGAGGGUACCUGCUUCACGGGGUCCCUGGAAGCGGCAAGACUUCCUUGAUCCAUGCACUUGCUGGAGAGCUUGGUCUCGACAUUUACGUUGUCAGUCUAAAUAUGAAAGGAAUGAGUGAUAACACGCUAGCGAACCUGAUGGGACGUAUUCCUCAGCGGUGUAUCCUACUCGAAGAUUUGGAUGCUGCAUUCACACGAGGCACUAGCCGUGAUACCAAGUCGACGGGUGCUCCCACCGCAAAGACUGCAGCAGAAACCAAGGCUGAUGAUCCCAACACACUUAGUCUCAGCGGGUUGUUGAACUGUCUCGAUGGCCGCCUGGACCCCGCGCUCUCUCGGCCGGGUCGUAUGGAUGUAUGGGUCGACUUUAAGAAUGCAUCCAGGUGGCAAGCCGAGGAGAUUUUCAAGAACUUCUUCCCGUCUAAACCCCCCGUUACCCGAAGAAGAGCCCACCCCCGAAGACGCAGAAGAAGCAGAGAAGAAGCGUCUUGCAAACCGUCGUCGCGAUACACGGCACUGGUUCCCCUCCUCGAUGUUGAGGAGAUUUCAGAGCUAGCCAAGCGCUUUGCGCAGCACAUUCCCGAGGACGAGCUGAGCGUUGCUAGCCUUCAGGGAUACCUGCUCAAGAACAAGACUCGUCCUCGAGAGAAAGAGAGGCUCGAGAAGGAAGAGGCCGAGGAGAAGGAGAAGAAGGAAAAGGAAGAAAAGGAGAAAAAAGAGAAAGAGGAAAAGCGUGAAAAGAGGAAGAAGGAAAAAGAAGAGAAACUCGAAAAGGAGCGCAAGCUCAAGUUGGAGCAGGAAGCCAGGAACGCCCGGCGCCAGUCACGUACAUCAUCAUCAUCCACCUCUGUAACUGCUUCUACCUCUUCUGCUACCACGGGCACCACCAACUCCACCGCCACAACUGAUUCUGAGACCUCGGACGACGAAAGCGACGCUGCGACGACCAAAACACGCACUACCACCAACAGCACUGAAUCCCAAAGUACUGAGCCUUCUGGAAGCAAAUGGGUGAACGUUAAGGGCGCAACCGGUGGCCCGGUGUCGACCGCCGGAAUCAUUGAGAGCGUUACCGACUUGAUUGCUUGA